GCCGCGGCCGCCGACCCCGGCCCCGGCCCGGCCCUAUGGACAGGAGCUCGCUGCUGCAGCUCAUCCAGGAGCAGCAGCUGGACCCUGAGAACACAGGCUUCAUCGGUGCAGACACCUUCACUGGCCUGGUGCACAGCCAUGAGCUGCCCCUGGACCCAGCCAAGUUGGACAUGUUGGUGGCCCUGGCCCAGAGCAACGAGCGGGGCCAGGUCUGCUACCAGGAGCUGGUGGACCUGGUCAGUGCCAUGAUCAGCAGCAAGCGCUCCAGCAGCUUCAAGCGGGCCAUUGCUAAUGGACAGCGGGCGCUGCCCCGGGACGGGCUGCUGGACGAGCCGGGCCUGGGUGUUUACAAGCGGUUCGUGCGCUAUGUGGCCUACGAGAUCCUGCCCUGUGAAGUGGACCGCCGCUGGUACUUCUACCGGCACCGCAGCUGCCCACCCCCUGUGUUCAUGGCCUCGGUCACCCUCGCCCAGAUCAUCGUGUUCCUGUGCUAUGGGGCUCGCCUCAACAAGUGGGUGCUGCAGACCUAUCACCCCGAGUACAUGAAGAGCCCCCUCGUGUACCACCCUGGGCACCGUGCUCGGGCCUGGCGCUUCCUCACCUACAUGUUCAUGCAUGUCGGGCUGGAGCAGCUGGGGUUCAAUGCCCUCCUGCAGCUGAUGAUCGGGGUACCCCUGGAGAUGGUGCACGGUGUGCUUCGCAUCAGCCUGCUCUACCUGGCAGGUGUGCUCGCAGGCUCCCUGACUGUCUCCAUUACCGACAUGCGGGCCCCUGUGGUAGGGGGCUCCGGCGGGGUCUAUGCCCUGUGCUCUGCACACCUGGCCAACGUUGUCAUGAACUGGGCUGGGAUGAGAUGCCCCUACAAGUUGCUGAGGAUGGUGCUGGCCCUGGUGUGCAUGAGCUCCGAGGUGGGCCGGGCCGUGUGGCUACGCUUCUCCCCGCCACUGCCCUCGUCAGGCCCGCAGCCCAGCUUCAUGGCACACCUGGCUGGCGCGGUGGUGGGGGUGAGCAUGGGCCUGACUAUCCUGCGCAGCUAUGAGGAGCGCCUGCAGGACCAGUGUGGCUGGUGGGUGGUGUUGCUGGCAUACGGCACCUUCCUGUUGUUCGCCAUCUUCUGGAACAUCUUUGCCUACGACCUGCUGGGUGCCCAUAUCCCCCCACCACCCUGACUGCCUCCUCUGGACCACUGGGGUCAGGGCCAGCUGCCCACUGGGCCUGCAUGUCUGCCCUCCAUGGAGAAACGUCUCAGGGCUGCUUCUCCCCAUGGGGGCGGGUGGCCCCUGUGGUCCACUGAGUUCAGGCCAAGCCUUACUCCAGCCCUGACCACCCCUCCCAGGGCUGCUGGGCCAGGGUUGGGUAAGUUGCCCCAGAGACCUUGCCCUGCCCACCCCACCUCCAGGACUUGCGGUCUGAGCCUUUUUGGAGAAUGAAUAAAUAUUUUACGCGGCA